UUCAUAUGAAAUGUAACUUCUUCUGCAACAACCUUCUCUCUUUCUCUUAUUAACAAUCCACAGUGGAAACAUUUCUCGGAAGCACAACGACAGUGUCAGUGCUGGAUGUAGGCAUGGGGCACACUUUGUUCUGUGUGCUGUCAUUAUUCUUGCUGAAUACACUCUUCUAUGGAAAGGCUGAAGAUAAACCCAAACCUGUCCUGACUGUGUCUCCAUUAUGGCCGAGUCCUGGAGCCUCAGUAACUCUGAGCUGCAGGGUUGAAGUCCCAUCUGCAGGGUGGAGGUUCUACUGGUAUAAGGCUGUUCCCAACCAAUCAGAAUACUCCUACAGCUACGAGCUGCUACCUGGUAACACCAACGGGACCGAACAGGAUUCCUACAUCGUCCAUGGGCCGACACACACAGCAGGAUAUGUGUGUAGAGCUGGAAGAGGAGACCCAGUGUAUUACACUCAAUAUAGUGAACCAAAGUUUGUCUGGUCUGGAGAUUUUCAUCCAUCAGCGUCUCUCACAGUGAGUCCUGACAGAGUGCAGCACUUCAAGUCUGACUCCGUCUCACUGAGCUGUGAGGGAAACUCUACUGAGUGGAGAGUGAUGAGGUUUCGUGAGGGUGGAUACCUGUCACACUGCUCUUCCUGGGGGAGAAUGACUGGAUCCACGUGCAAGAUCGAUAACUAUUGGCCCAGUAAUGCAGUGUACUGGUGUGAGUCUGGAUCAGGGGACUUCAGCAACGCAGUCAACAUCACUGGAAACUAUCAUAUUAUCUUGCUGAGCCCUGUCCGUCCUGUGGCUGAGGGAGAGUCUGUUACUCUUGGCUGCAAGUUGAGACCAGAAGAUGUUUUAACUAAUGUGUCUUUCUAUAAAAAUGACAAACUCAUCCAAAAUGAUACUAGACGGGAGCUGACUAUCCCUGCAGUGUCAAAGUCACAUGAAGGCUUUUAUAAAUGUGAACGAAAAGAUUCACCACAGGCUUGGAGGACCUGGACGUCACCAGAGAGUUGGAUGUCAGUAAAAUCAGCGUCCAGGCCUAAAAGCUCUUCACUCCCUGUGCCGCUGAUUGUUGUUGGGUUGGUUUGUGGAAUUUUACUGAUUAUUCUCCUGCUGCUGCUGCUGUUUUGCUGCAGAAAGUCAAAAGAUUCAGGGUUUAUCAGGUCUCAGAGCACCAAUCAGAGCUCUGCUACAGAUGACAUGAUCAACCAGGCUGAAACUCAGUGCAACAAAUCCAACUCGCAUCUCCAUGGUGAUGUUUGUCUUUAUGAAUCAAUCAAAGGCCCCGAGGACACUGAAACUGAUGAAUCCAGGGAUGUCACAUAUACUUUUAUUGAUCUUAAAAACUUUGCAAAACUGGGGAAGAAUAACAAAGAGGAGAGCAGAGUUAACUCUGAUGUGAGCAUAGGAUCAGCUGCAGCUGCUGUAUCAGAUGACACUCUGAUGUAUGCCCAGAUCUACUCCCACAAUAAAGAAUCAACUCCUGCAGCAGCUGAUGAAACUGUUUAUUCUGAAGUGAAACCAGGAAGAGCUCGUGACCUAAAGAGAUAUCAGCCGUACCAGUCAGAGAGCACCAGUCGGAUCUCCAACACCAUUCACGAGGUCAACCAGAACAAAACUCAACCAAACGAAUACCCCUCUCCUCUAACUGAAUCCACAGUGGAAACAUUUCUCGGAAGCACAACGACAGUGUCAGUGCUGGAUGUAGGCAUGGGGCACACUUUGUUCUGUGUGCUGUCAUUAUUCUUGCUGAAUACACUCUUCUAUGGAAAGGCUGAAGAUAAACCCAAACCUGUCCUGACUGUGUCUCCAUUAUGGCCGAGUCCUGGAGCCUCAGUAACUCUGAGCUGCAGGGUUGAAGUCCCAUCUGCAGGGUGGAGGUUCUACUGGUAUAAGGCUGUUCCCAACCAAUCAAAAUACUCCUACAGCUACGAGCUGCUACCUGGUAACACCAACGGGACCGAACAGGAUUCCUACAUCGUCCAUGGGCCGACACACACAGCAGGAUAUGUGUGUAGAGCUGGAAGAGGAGACCCAGUGUAUUACACUCAACGUAGUGAACCAAAGUUUGUCUGGUCUGGAGAUUUUCAUCCAUCAGCGUCUCUCACAGUGAGUCCUGACAGAGUGCAGCACUUCAAGUCUGACUCCGUCUCACUGAGCUGUGAGGGAAACUCUACUGAGUGGAGAGUGAUGAGGUUUCCUAAGGGUCGAUACCUGUCACACUGCUCUUCCUGGGGGAGAAUGACUGGAUCCACGUGCAAGAUGGAUUAUUGGUCCAGUAAUGCAGUGUACUGGUGUGAGUCUGGAUCAGGAGAGUUCAGCAACGCAGUCAACAUCACUGGAAACUAUGAUAUUAUCUUGCUGAGCCCUGUCCGUCCUGUGGCUGAGGGAGAGUCUGUUACUCUUGGCUGCAAGUUGAGGACAGAAGAUGUUUUAACUAAUGUGUCUUUCUAUAAAAAUGACAAACUCAUCCAAAAUGAUACUAGACGGGAGCUGACUAUCCCUGCAGUGUCAAAGUCACAUGAAGGCUUUUAUAAAUGUGAACGAAAAGAUUCACCACAGGCUCGGAGGACCUGGACGUCACCAGAGAGUUGGAUGUCAGUAAAAUCAGCGUCCAGGCCUAAAAGCUCUUCACUCCCUGUGCCGCUGAUUGUUGUUGGGUUGGUUUGUGGAAUUUUACUGAUUAUUCUCCUGCUGCUGCUGCUGUUUUGCUGCAGAAAGUCAAAAGAUUCAGGGUUUAUCAGGUCUCAGAGCACCAAUCAGAGCUCUGCUACAGAUGACAUGAUCAACCAGGCUGAAACUCAGUGCAACAAAUCCACCUCGCAUCUCCAUGGGAAGAAUAACAAAGAGGAGAGCAGAGUUAACUCUGAUGUCAGCAUAGGAUCAGCUGCAGCUGCUGUAUCAGAUGACACUCUGAUGUAUGCCCAGAUAUACUCCCACAAUAAAGAAUCAACUCCUGCAGCAGCUGAUGAAACUGUUUAUUCUGAAGUGAAACCAGGAAGAGCUCGUGACCUAAAGAGAUAUCAGCAAAACCAAUGGAAUGGAUGACAACAUGAAAACUACACUGGCGAUAUUUGUAGCUUUUAUACACUGUAACCAUCUACAGUUAAUUUAAUAGCAAUUCAUUUGAAGGAAACAUAUGAAUUUAAUGUUGUGUUUUACUUGUCGAAAAGACAGCGAAUGAUCACAUAUAACAUUGAGUGCACCGUAUUUUGGCGCUUCAGGUUUUAAAGCUGCUGUCGACAGCAGCAAAAAGUAACAGUUUGAAAUAUUCCAGCUUCAGUACCCAGGUUGUAGCCUUUAAAGUCAGCAUCUUUUUCAGUGUUAGAUGAAAAAAAAGCUUUGCACAUUUGGAACAUUUAAUUUGUUAUACCCUGUUACACAUAACAAGAAUUUCUCUUUGCUAUGUUAAUUUUCUUUUCACCUGGAUGGAU